UUCCACAAAACCUAAAGCUAUCACUUUCUUCAUCUCCACUAUCAGCACUCUCAGUCUUCUUGCUUCUCUCUCUGCUGCAAUUUUCACUCUCUAAAUCAUGUCUCUAACACAAACCCAACAUUUUAAACCAACCUUCUUGUGUCCUCUCAACACCAGAACAAACUCAAAACGACGUAAUGUCACCAUCGUUUCCUCUCUUUCAGGCAGGAAGCUACGCGCCGCUGUGAUCGGAGGCGGUCCAGCUGGCUCUUCAGCUGCAGAAUCACUUGCUGCCGGUGGAAUCGAAACUUUCCUCUUCGAGAGAAGCACUUCCACUGCCAAGCCAUGCGGCGGCGCCAUUCCUCUUUGCAUGAUAGACGAGUUCUCUAUCCCUCUCCACCUCAUCGACCGUCACGUCACUCGGAUGAAAAUCAUCUCUCCGUCUAAUCUCACUGUCGAUUUUGGCUCCAAAACUCUCAAGCCUCACGAAUCCAUCCCCAUGCUCCGCCGCGAAGUACUGGACUCCUUCCUCCGGUCCCGCGCCCAAUCCAACGGCGCUCAGUUAAUCCCCGCUCUCGUCACACAUCUAGAGGUCCCUUCUUCGUCAACCGAACCUUACAUCAUCCACCACACGAUCAACAACACCAAACAAACCCUAGCCGUCGAUGUAAUCAUCGGAGCAGACGGAGCCAACAGCAAAGUAGCCAAAUCGAUAAACGCCGGAAAUUACACUUGUGCCAUUGCAUUUCAAGAGAGAAUCAGACUCCCCGACGAGAAAAUGGAGUACUAUCAAAAUCUCGCGGAGAUGUACGUCGGCGAUGACGUGUCACCCGAUUUUUACGCGUGGGUAUUUCCUAAAUGCGACCACGUGGCAGUAGGAACUGGUACAGUUUGCGCAAAACCGGACAUUAAACUAUACCAAAAGGGAAUUAGAGAAAGAGUAAGACAAAAGAUAAACGGUGGAAAGGUGAUCAAGGUGGAAGCGCAUCCAAUACCGGAGCACCCACGUCCUGUGAGAGUACGAGGACGGGUGGCACUGGUGGGAGACGCGGCGGGGUACGUGACGAAGUGCUCCGGCGAAGGGAUAUAUUUUGCGGCGAAAUCAGGAAGAAUGUGCGGCGAGGCGAUAGUGAAAGCAUCAGAAGGAGGAGAGAAAAGGGUGAAAGAGGAAGAUUUGAAAAGAGGGUAUUUGAAAGAGUGGGAUAAGAAAUAUUACAGUACUUUUAGGUUUUUGGAUUUGUUGCAGAGGGUUUUCUAUGGCUCUAAUAUGGCUAGAGAAGCAUUGGUUGAGCUUUGUGGAGAUGAGUAUGUGCAGAGAAUGACAUUUGAUAGCUAUUUGUAUAAGAAAUUGGCUAAUGGGGAUAGAUGGGAAGAUGUGAAAAUGGGUUUGAAUACUAUUGGGAGUUUGGUUAGGUGUAGGAUUCUUGGUAGGGAGAUGGAGGCUUUGAAAGUUUAGGCACUUGUAUUGGUUCCAUUUUUUUUUUCUUUUCCCUUUUUGUAUUUUUAUCCUAAUUUGCAAGUUGAGUUUGAGGUUAAUUGUGUCCUAAAAA